GAGUCCCCCGACGAGCCCCGCGCAGACAGUGACCGGGCACAGACUUGCGUGUUCCUGCGCCGGGCGACGGCACAGACCGACAGGCAGCUGUCGACAGCAGAGCGACGCGUCUCCCGCUAGUGAGGUGCAGCCUGUCCCUCGGUAACUAGCGUCUCCUGUCACUAGCCAUCACCGAGUCCCCCGACGAGCCCCGCGCAGACAGUGACCGGGCACAGACUUGCGUGUUCCUGCGCCGGGCGACGGCACAGACCGACAGGCAGCUGUCGACAGCAGAGCGACGCGUCUCCCGCUAGUGAGGUGCAGCCUGUCCCUCGGUAACUAGCGUCUCCUGUCACUAGCCAUCACCGAGUCCCCCGACGAGCCCCGCGCAGACAGUGACCGGGCACAGACUUGCGUGUUCCUGCGCCGAGCGACGGCACAGACCGACAGGCAGCUGUCGACAGCAGAGCGACGCGUCUCCCGCUAGUGAGGUGCAGCCUGUCCCUCGGUAACUAGCGUCUCCUGUCACUAGCCAUCACCGAGUCCCCCGACGAGCCCUGCGCAGACAGUGACCGGGCACAGACUUGCGUGUUCCUGCGCGGGGCGACGGCACAGACCGACAGCUGCAAGAUGGCCGCCGUACUUCCCCCUCUGGAGCUGGAGCCGGCGGAGGGCGGCGCUCCGCCCCCGGGCGCGGGACUGCAGGUGUGCCGCGCGGCCCGCAAGAUGUCCACCAUGGAGGAGGAGAGCCUCCGGGAGCGACUGCGAGCCUCGCUGCUGCGCCAGUGCGCCGAGAUGCUGGCGGCAGAGGGCGCCGCGCGUCACUCCAAGGACAGCUUCCGGCGCGUCUUCCAGGAGCCGGAGUUCCUGGACCGCCUGUUCCGGCUGUUCGACCAGGACCGCGACUGCCAGCUGCACCAGGACAAGUGGGUGGAGUUCCUCAAGCAGCGCCUCACGGACGAGACGCAGAUAGACUUCGCCGAGCAGGUGGAGAGCGUGGCCUACGUGCUGUGCGGUGACGGCCCCAUCACUCUCGACAAGUUCUGCCAGAUCUUCCAGGCCAAAGGGAUCGUGGAGAAGCUGUUCCGGUUGAUCGACCAGGACAGUGACGGAGCUGUGACCCCCGACCAGGCCAUGGAGUUCCUCGCCAACCUCAGCAAUGCCAGACCGCGCUCCGGCAUAGACAAGAGCAACCUGGAGUGGCUGGAGCAGCUGUUCCGCCAGACCGUGGGAGACCAGAAGGAGAUUCGCCUCGAGGACUUCAAGAAGAUAGUCAUCUCGAAGAACCCCUUCUUCACGGAGCGUGUCUUCCAAAUCUUCGAUGAAGACAGCUCCGGGUCCAUCUCUCUGCAGGAGUUCAUAGACGCAGUCAACCAGUUCGCCGGGCAGUCUCCCGACGACAAGAUUCGCUUCCUCUUCAAAGUGUACGAUCUGGAUGGGGACGGCCUCAUCCAGCACCGGGAGCUGCAGCACGUGAUGCGGGCCUGCAUGGAGGAGAACGGCAUGAAGUUCAGCGAGGAGCAGAUCGACGACCUCACCAUGGCGCUGUUCGAGGACGCCGACGCCGAGAACCACGGCGCCAUCACGUACGAGGCGCUCAAGAACCAGCUGGAGAAGCACGACGGCCUGCUGGAGAACCUGUCGAUCAGCAUCGACCGGUGGCUGGUGCCGCCCAAGCCCAAGCCGCCCCCGCGCUCCCUGCUGGGCAAGCUGGUGGCGCUGCGGCCCUACCAGCUGUCGCGGCCCUACAUGAAGAACAACUACGUCUACCUCAUCUUCGUUGCGCUCUUCUUCCUCAUCAACGUCGGUCUGUUCGUCUCGCGCGCCGUGCAGUACCGCCACUCCAACGGCUACGUGAUUGUGGCCCGGGCAUGUGGUCAGUGCCUCAACUUCAACUGCAUGUUCGUGCUGGUGCUGAUGCUCCGGCAGUGCAUCACGUUCCUGCGCACGCGCGGCUUCAGCAUGUUCCUGCCGCUGGACCAGCACAUCUACUUCCACAAGCUGACCGGCGUGCUCAUCUUCAUCUACAGCGUGGUGCACACGCUCAGCCACCUGCUCAACUUCAGCCUGGUGGUCGUGAACGACCGCGACCACCUCAACAGGAACAACUACACGCUGUACGAGUGGCUGAUGACGAGCGAGCCGGGCCUGUUCGGGCUGGUGGGGGGCGCGGCCAACCCCACCGGCGUGGCGCUGGUCGCCAUCCUCGUGGUGAUGUUCAUCUGCUCGCAGCCCUUCGUGCGGCGCGGCGGCUGCUUCGAGAUCUUCUACUGGACGCACCUCCUGUACGUGCCCUUCUGGGUGCUGCUGAUCUUCCACGCGCCCAACUUCUGGAAGUGGUUCGUGGUGCCUGGCGUGCUGUUCGUGGUGGAGCGCGUGCUGCGCCUGGCCUGGCUGCGCUCCCAGCGCGGCAAGACCUACAUCAGCAGCGGCCUGCUGCUGCCGUCGCGAGUCACGCACCUCGUCAUAAAGCGGCCUCACCACUUCGACUUCCACCCCGGGGACUACGUGUUUGCCAACGUGCCCGCCAUCGCCAAGUACGAGUGGCACCCGUUCACCGUCAGCAGCGCCCCGGAGCAGGAAGACUACAUGUGGCUGCACAUCCGGGGCGUGGGCGAGUGGACCAACCGCCUGUACGAGUACUUCGAGCGCGAGCAGCAGAAGCUGCACGACAUGCAAGCCAGUCUGCAGGACGGCGCCGCCAGUCCUCGCCUGCUCAACGGCGCGGACGCCAAGGGCAGCAAGUUCUCACUUAAGAAGAAGCUGCUGGAUCGCACGUCGAGCAGCGCUGCUAGCGGCCGCAGCAAGAGUGUGGUGUUCCACAAGGAUGCGGAGGACGCUGGCAGUGGCUGCGUCAACGACAGCUUCUCUGGCAGCAGCAACGACAUCAACCUCAACUGCUCGGCCUUCAACGCCGACGACACGGCGCCUCAGACCAAUGUCAACACCACCACAGACUACACCAGCCUGACCGGCCCGCCUCGCAAGCUGUCACCCGAGAAGAAGUUGCACAUGAUCCUGAAGAAGACGCCCCUGUCCAAGUCGCUGUCCAUGCCGGACAUCCAGACCAGGACGAAGAAGAAGGAGCGAGUGCUGGUACUGCGCAGGUACAUGCGGUCCGAGUCGGAGCGCAGCUUCGACGAGUGCCAGAUGAGGCGCGCGCGCCUGCAGUCCACGGGGCCCGCCUACCUCAGCCCGCAGAACAAGUCCCUGGCGCAGAGCUUCCGCUACAUGCGCAACAAGCCCACCAUCAUCGCCUUCAAGACGCCCAGCCUGGAGCACUGGGACGCCAAGAUAGCGGCGACGGCGGGUCGGUCCCGCACGUCGUCCCUGGCGAGUCCCGAGCGGGCGGCAGAGGAGGGCGCGGCCACCGGGGCGGAGUCCCCAGCCUCCCAGGACCCCCUGCCGGGCCAGGUGGCCAGCAACUACCCCGUGGGCAAGCCCCUGGAGCCAAUCAGAGAGGAGGUGGUACUUAUGCCAACACUGGAGCUGGGUUACGGCACGGAGAUCCUGCUCGACGGGCCGUACGGCGCGCCCUCCAGCCACAUCUUCAGGGCGCAGCACGCCGUGCUGAUCGCGACGGGCAUCGGCGUCACUCCCUUCGCCUCCAUCCUGCAGUCCAUCAUGCACCGCUACUGGAAGGCGCGCCACAGCUGCCCGCGCUGCAAGUACGCCUGGGCCAGCGAGAUCCCGCCCACCGUCAUGAACCUGCGCAAGGUGGACUUCUUCUGGAUCAACCGGGACCAGCGCUCGUUCGAGUGGUUCGUGAACCUGCUGUCGCAGCUGGAGAUCGAGCAGGCGGAGCUGGGCGCGGCCAUGGAGAGGUUCUUGGAGAUGCACAUGUACAUCACGAGCGCACUGCAGAAGACGGACAUGAAGGCGGUGGGCCUGCAGCUGGCGCUGGACCUGCUGCACGAGAAGGAGAAGCGCGACCUGAUCACGGGGCUGAAGACGCGCACCAACGCCGGCCGCCCCAACUGGGACAAGGUGUUCAAGCAGAUCCAGGACCAGAAGAAGGGCAAGGUGACAGUCUUCUACUGCGGGCCGCCGCAGCUGGGCAAGAUCCUGCGGGUCAAGUGCGACCAGUUCGCCUUCAGCUUCCGCAAGGAGGUGUUCUAGACGGCGUGGUGCGGCGGGGCGAACAGUGCGAGCUGUCCGCUGUACGCGUUACUGAACUGUCCUGGCCGUCGAGUCACACAGGUUACCAAGUUGUGCUCCAACUAUCUUGCAAGAACUCGAUUUUUAAUGUGCCAACCAUAGCCAAUUAUUUAUAGUGUGUGAAUUAUGAGAUUAUUUUAAAGGUAAAUUAUUAGCAAAGAUUUCUAUAUAUAUUUUUUAAUUUCUGUACAUAAAUGUGCAUAUGAACACUUAAAGCCUCUGAAUUGUCCAUUAAUAAAACUGUUUUGCCUGUGGCAUAGGCCCGAUGAAGGCCCUUCAGUCAGUGAAAGUGUGACCGUAUCAAAUACAACUGUUGGGGAUUACAACUGAUGUUAGGUACUUGGCUUAAAAAAAAUGUUGGUAUUGUAAAUAGCAAAGGAAAGCAUUCUGUGAUGAUCUGUUGCCAUGUUAUUGAUAAACAAUGUAUGAGAUGCGAAGAGAUAAAUAAGUACCAUACCUAAUGUAGUGUACCUUAUAAUUGAAAUUCAAGAGAGACUGUUCGUAAAGAAUGUUACUGCAUUUUAUUUAUUUCCAUAUUUCUUAAUGUUAAGUUUCCAUUUCAAUUCUGCCCUAGAUAGCAUGAAGGAUUAUGGGGGGUGGCCCAUGGCCAUUGGUUAAUUUUUGUCGUAUGCAAUCUCUGUAUCAUUUCGUUAGCAAUCAAAUAUCCGCAUGUAAAUUUCACGCCCAUGCCUUUCCCGGGACUUGAACCCAGGACCCCUCGCACCGUAAGCCAGUGUGCAUUCGACUACGCUACGGAGGUCUGCAUAUUACUAUGAAGUGUAGUUGCUGGCAAAAUUCUUAAUUUUCCGCAAAGUUAAACGGUGCUAAAGGCUCUGUUACACUGUCUAACUUUUCUUCCAACACCAUCCAGUAUGUUUUGUCAAUAAUGAAGGAUUAUAACGUCGCCAAAAGUCACUAGUGUAGCCUUGUUUGUUUGACAAGGUUGAUGACUUAAGUCUUCUUCAAAUAUUUGUUGCAUAUUGGACUGAAUUAACAGAGAUGCUUGUAUUUUACAUUGUUCCUAAAUAAUUAUGUGAAACACCAAUCAGAGCACAGUGGAAAGUGUUGUUGGCAAUAAAUAAUAUUGUCUUGGAAAAAGGUUAUGAUACAAAAGGCAUAGGAAAUACGUAUAUAUAUUAGCAUUAUAUCAAAAAAACUACAAGAUACUUAAAAGAAAAUAAAACAAAAUAUUUGUAUAAAAAAGCCCUGCUCGGAUACAUUAUUUUGUUUUAUGAUUUAGGAAAUUAAUUAUUCUGAUACCUUUCGGUUUAUUUUGGCUAGGUACUCUAAUAGUCUGUAAAAUUAUAUUUAAAUUCAUGAAUACUAUAUUAUUUAAAUAUACAGCUAUCUUAUGGUGGCUUGGAAUGGCUCAUAUUAGCAUUUCAGAAAAUAGUAUUUGUAUAUUAAGUAAAAUAUUUGUGAUUCAUUUGUGUACGGAUUCCAGGUCAUAAGUUGAAAUUCAAUAUUAUUUUAGGUUCAAUCUUAGCCAUCAUUGUUUGGCAUUUUAUAAAAAUUUUUAUAAUGUAUAAAAAUUUUACGUUCAACAAAUUAUCACUCAGACCCAUUUCUAACCAAAAUGAUACCUACUAAUGCAAAAUUUCAGUUUGCAUAACAAGGCUACAUUCUCACCCAUUUUCAUUGGGUGGACCACUAAUUCAAUCUGGAAAUUUGCGGUAUUACUUAAUACUUAAUAUUGCGUAACUGCAUGCUCGCUGGCGUACAGGUUAAGUUUUCCAAUCGUAAACCCACCUUAUACCCCUCCAAUUCUAAUGUCAAAUACAGCCGGAGACAUACGGUAACUUUGACAGUGUAACAGGGCGCUAAAUCAUUUCGUGAAAUAAAAAUGACAAUUCGUUUUGUUAAAGAAUUGAUGGUUUACCUUUUAUGUUUUUAUUAAGUUUAUUUUUAAAACCGUUGAGGAAAAAAAAUAUUUUUUAAUGAUUGUAGUGUAAUUUCCUAAAGUAGUGUAUAGUUGAAUAUUUAUUUGCUGAAAGUUAUGUAUCAUAGAGUAAAUUCAUAAUUUUAGUCUGUUUAAUUUUGUUGUGUUAACUAUCAGUAUAGGGUGGCACAGCCUGUGAUAUUUUAAUGUACUCAUUAUUGGAGACAAAGUGCAAUAUGAAUUGAUAAAAAUAUUUUUAUUUCCUAAGUUAACAAGGUUGUAAGUAUUGUUAGUAUGUUAGUAUUUGGUUUGAAAAAACUCCUUUAAAUAUAGAUUUUUAAAGUACUUAGAAAUUUUAUCUUGAAGAAGCAAAUUGGUUUUUACUAUUAUUGGGUCUAGAAAAAAAUGUCU